AUGCAACUUCUUUGUCCUAUUCUUCGAGUAUCGAAUAUCAGCCUCCAGCCAACGAAUUCUCAUUUGGUUGACAUUGAAUCAGCUCGAACACAACUCUAUCCUGGUGCUCAUAUAGCCGCUGCGAAUCCAUACGAACACUUUCAUCAUGGUAUUGUCGUUGAUCUAACAUCAGCAGACAUCUCAGUAAUUCACUUUUGGGGUGUGAAAAAACGUGAAGCACGUAUUCAAGAAUACGAACUCGCCAGUUGUACAUCGUUCAAUAUCACAAUGAUACACUCGAAAAACAACAAGAAACUAAUCAACGAGCAAAGAACAGUAAUGGCGUCACUUUCAACAGCUGUGUACAUUAUUUCCAGCAUUAGACAAUAUUUUUUAUAUGGAUCGUAUGUUGUACUUGCUGGUGGGCUGCUUGGCAAUAUUCUCAAUCUGAUCGUAUUUUCACAAUUGAAGCGUUUUCGAGAGAAUCGAUGGUCGUUCUAUUUCAUUGUCGAGUCAAUUGUGGGAUUAAUUUUCAUCGCAUCGAGCAUAUCUAAUACAACUGCACGUUUAAUCAUCGGAACUGAUUUUGAUCAAGUGUCGCUCGUCUGGUGUCGAUUGAGACUAAUCUUGAAUCAAGGAAUUGGUUUGACAUUAUUUUUCAUAAUACCUUGUGCUGCUGUCGAUCAGUUUUUCUCGACAAGUUAUCUAUUUAAUUUAAGAAAUUUGUGCACGUUGAAAUUAAUUCGAUCUUGUUUUCUCAAUAUUCGAGCACCUGCUGGCUGUAUUAUCACAGACGCAAAUUUAUCGCGUUAUUCUGUUUAUUUCUUCUAUCCGAUUUUAUACGGUUCUAUUCAGAUUAUCAUCGCUUUUCUCUUUAGUUUAUUAGCGUUUCGUAAUGUUCGUCGUCUUGUCCGUCGGCAAAUUCCAAUUGAUCGCCGUCGAAUGGAUCAACAAAUGACAGCAAUGAUCUUAACGCGUGUCGCGUUUUUCAUUCUAUAUGCACUACCAUAUUCGAUCUAUCGUGUCUAUUCUAUUGGUGAAGUGCCUGAUCAGUCGAACGCUUUAAAGUACGCUAUUACACAAUUAACUAUGCAGAUCUGCAUACUUUUGUUUACAAUGAACUUUUCCGCGAGCUUCUACAUUUUUAUUAUAACGUGUGCACGAUAUCGAAAUCAGGUGAAGUAUGUUCUAGUGAAAAGAUGUUGGGCAAGAUUAAAACGUUGGAUUUGCCGUCGAAAUAAUGGAAUUACCCCGUUGAACACACUGACGACAACCUCGAAUGAUGAACUUGAUUAA